GUGGGAGAGAGCAAAACUACACAGAGAAACAAACAGAUUGCAGUUGGGAGGAAGAAAUUCAACAUGGAUCCCAAAAAGGGCAUCCAGUUUUUGUUGGAAAAUGACCUUUUGCAACAUACGCCAGAGGACAUUUCACAGUUUCUUUACAAAGGAGAGGGCCUCAACAAAACAGUCAUUGGAGAUUACCUCGGUGAAAGGGAUGACUUCAACAUCAAGGUUCUGCAGGCCUUCGUGGAGCUCCAUGAGUUUGCAGAUCUGAACCUGGUGCAGGCUUUGAGACAAUUUCUGUGGAGCUUCAGGCUGCCCGGCGAGGCCCAGAAGAUUGAUCGGAUGAUGGAGGCGUUUGCUUCUCGAUACUGUCAGUGCAACCCAGGCGUGUUCCAGUCGACAGACACCUGCUACGUGCUGUCCUUUGCCAUCAUCAUGCUGAACACCAGCCUGCACAACCCCAACGUCAGGGACAAGCCACCGGUGGAGAGGUUCAUCUCCAUGAACCGAGGGAUCAACGAGGGAGGAGACCUGCCCGAGGAGCUGCUCAGGAAUUUGUUUGAAAGCAUAAAAAAUGAACCCUUCAAAAUACCCGAGGAUGAUGGCAACGACCUGACACACACGUUCUUCAACCCGGAUAGGGAAGGCUGGCUUCUCAAGCUGGGAGGAAGAGUGAAGACGUGGAAGAGAAGGUGGUUCAUUCUAACUGACAACUGCCUGUAUUACUUCGAGUACACAACUGACAAGGAGCCUCGAGGGAUUAUUCCUCUGGAAAACCUCAGCAUCAGGGAGGUUGACGAGCCCAGGAAGCCGAACUGCUUUGAGCUCUACAAGCCCAACCAUAAGGGCCAGGUAAUCAAGGCCUGUAAGACUGAAGCUGAUGGAAGGGUGGUGGAGGGAAACCAUGUGGUCUACAGGAUAUCAGCCCCAACAGCUGAGGAGAAGGAGGAGUGGAUCAAAUCCAUCAAAGCCAGCAUCAGCAGGGACCCCUUCUACGACAUGCUGGCCAGCAGGAAACGGCGGGUGGCCAACAAGAAGUGAGUCUGACCAGAGCCCAGCGCCCCCCUGUGGGUCAGAGAGAUGGGCCAAUCCACUCUGUCUCUCCAUGGGGUGGAGUUGAGUCAGGCCAAUUCACAGGGUGUGGGGUGUAAGCCAUAGACAUAUAUAGGUCUACAUCUAUAUAUGUCUAUGGUGUAGGCAAGAUCCAGCGGAACUCGAGAGGAUCAGCAUGAGACGACAGACUGGACAAUCAAGUGUCCGCAAAUGUAUUCAUCAGUGCUGGGUUUGUCACGUAAGAAUAAUGCUCUGCUGUGAUAUGUAGAGAAAUCUUCAGCUAAUCUUCAGAAUACAUUGGUGAAUGACAAUGACACUGUGACUUCAAGUGAGUCAAGCUGAAAUGUUUGAGUGUUUUUGUACAGGGGUGGACGAGCGUUUGUAUGCCCCUAGUUGAAUCUGAUCAUGGAUGCAGCAGUUAAAAUGCACUUCUCAGGGCACUUGCAACCAGGAUGCCCCCUAAUGGUCCUUUGUUGUAAAAACCACCACCAUGACAUUUUGUGUUAUCUUUGAUUUGUAUGUUAAACAGUAGCAAAGGUCAAUUUUGUUUCGUUUAGCUCUUUUCUUUGAAGGAAUCACCUAAAUUGCUACAUUCCCUCCUUCUGAAAUAGUGCUGAAGGUGUAUUGUGUUCAUUUCAUGUUGACGCCGGUCCUUUACUGAUGUAAAGGUGUGAUAAACACUCUCUCACACACACACAGCGUCCACCUGAGUCAGCUGGACUGAUAGCUGGGAGGCUGUGAAGCAUUAUAAGCUUUUUAGAAUAAGUCAUGUUUCAUUGUAUUUGCAUUCAUAAAAGUACAAUAGUAAAUGAAGGCUCCCAUGUUCUUUUUGUGAAGAGGUCUUCAAGGCUACUUAAGUAUUGAUUUACUAUGACAUGUCUCAUAAGAACUCGUAUUUAUUUUCCAUCAUUAAAAGUUGUAAGUUAUGUGUACAUAAUGUAUAGAUUGUUACCUCAUUGUUUUUUGUAGCAUGUAAAGUUAUAGUUUUAACAAUUGUAGUGACUGUGUUUUAAAUGUAUGAAUGGCUCUGCAUAUUGGGCAAUACACCAAUAACCAUUUUUUGUUCAUAUAUUAAAAGCUAUUGCAGUA